AUGGAUUUGUUUGACGUCGUUGUCAUUGGAGGUGGUCCUGUUGGACUAGCCACUGCAUACGAAAUUGCAAAAACUAAUUCCAAAGUCAUUGUUUUGGAGCAAAACAAUUUCUUUAACCAGGCAGGAAGCUCUAAUGACUUGGCUCGCAUGUACACAGAAGAGUUCAUGGCAGAUCUUGCGGUAGAGGCGAUGGGCUAUUGGGAUGACCUGGAGAGGGACGCCGGAGUAUCUCUUCGAUGGAUGAGUGGGCUUCUCAAUUUUGGCGAUAGAGAUGUUGGAAAGGAUACACCAGAAGGAACUCUCUUGGGCCCAAUAGUUCAUCUGAAUCGAUUAGAAAUGGCUUACAAUAUAUUAACCGCAGAAGAGAUCCAGAGGCGGUAUCCAUUCAAGAAUCUGCCUGACAAAUGGAUUGGCGUAUUUGCGCCAGACAAUGGAAUCAUCAACGUACCACUUCUUCUCCGGUCCCUUCUUACCCUAGCGAAGCACUAUAGUGCACAAGCUAGGCAGCAUACCGAAGUCAAAUCCAUUGUGCCGGACGACCACGAUUCUUCCAAAUGGAAAGUUAAAGCUGUCAGUCACGGAAAAGAUGAAGUUGUUUUUCUUACAAAGAAAAUUGUCAUUACAGCAGGCGCGUAUGUCAAUCAUAUUCUCCAACCAAGCUUUGGAAUAACUCUUGAUUUGGACAUUUGGGAGAUGGUAGCCAGCUAUUUCAACUCCAACGCCGGCCCCAAUGGCACGGUGUUUCCCAGCAUGUGGUUUCAGUUUGCCCCUGAUCACGAAGAUCGAUCACGAUUGUUCUAUGGUUUCCCUACCGUUCCGUGGGGUCCGCCAAACCUCGUCCGCAUAGCUAUCGACGCAGCUACCCGGCGGAUCAAGGAUCCUGAUGACAGACAAACGAAUGUUAUCAAUCCGAGAGACAUCCAAGAUACACAGAACUUCGUUCGUGACCAUGUUAAAGGUGUUGAUUGCACUGUUCCAGCGUAUACCCUCACUUGUUUGCAGACAAAUGUCUUUGACAACAUGUUUGUACUUGAUUUUAUUCCUGAGGAAUACCUCCGUGGCGGAAGAGAGAACAGCGUAGUUGUGUUUACAGCUGGCUGGGCCAUGAAAUUCGUGCCGUUACUAGGCAAGGCACUGGCGGAGCUUGCUCUUAAUGGACGAUCCCGGUAUGCUAUGGAAGAGUUCUCAAUUACGCGUAAAAACCCGGCUACUGGGAAAGGAAUCAUACAGCAUAGCUUAGGACGAUUUUCAGCAGCGCAGAGCUCGUUUUCUGUAGAUAGUCAGGGGAGAGGAUCUUCGCUGAGAGGGUACUCUAAUACCUGA